AUGAGUCUUGCUCCUGCAGCAGAUAUACAGAAGGGACCCGGGCUUUCUUUGAGGGAAAUAGACCACACUGCAACCGCCGAGUCGGCAUCCGGCUCUGCUCCACUCAGCAGGAAAGCGACCAACUUGGAGACGGGCAAGACUGAGGCCAAGCCUAAGAAGCGAAGCUUGUUUGGCUUUGGAAAGAAAAAGACCGACGAUAACACCGCAACUAUGGCGAAAACAGUGUCCAAAGCGGAUGCGAAUCUGCCAAGUUCACCCCCUACCAACAACAUGACACAGCUAUCUUCACAUCGAUCAACGACCACAUCGCCAACCCCGCUGGACACCCCACACAUGAUACCGUCUUCGCCUGGCAGGUCUCCACGACUUGCUUCGCCCGCCGGAUCGCAAAUUUUCGAACGCGAUGUCCAAGAAAGCGCCGUCGCUAUGCCCGCUUCGCCUGCGAUCCCUUCCCAUAUCCAGGUUGAAAACUAUAUUCCCCCAGCUCUCGACGCAUCGUCAGAGGCUAUCACGGAUGGCCAUCUGAACCCGGACAGUGUCGAAAUUGUCACCCACGCGUCUCAUCAGCCUGCAUCGGUGACCGUAACUGGAACGUCUCCAUACGAUAUGCCGCCGAGCUCAUGGGUUGACGAGCUGGCAUCAUUGGCCGAAAAGGAAGAAGCCGCGUCCAACUACGGUUCGCUCGAUUCGGCCGACGUGCGUCGUUUGAGUUUCAUCUCCUUCGCCGACGUCGUCCAGGCAGAACAUGGCCCUCACGGAGGAGCGGGAGGAAGUCGCGAGUCUAUGCAUCUUGCCGGCUUGACUUCUUUGAACUCAGGUAAUAUCAACCGCUCGCCUUCACCGAUCAGGUCGCCUAUUUCAUCCCAAGGACCAGAGAUGUCGCCCCCCACGAGCAAAUCAGGAUCUUUCAAGGGACUGGACAUGUCACCGUCUCGAAAACCUCUGGGCAGCUCUGCCACCUCCACCAAAAAUACCCUAGGUGUUUGCAGCAGUGGUGACUUGAACAUUGAGACCAUGUCUCAGGCUUUGCGACGAACUGGUAGUGCUGAUCUCAGCGCAGCGCGCAGCUUACCCAUCAGCCCUAUCGAGGGACCGUUCCGUUAG